GCAAAGGAGGGAGACGAAGCCAGCCUCUCUGCUCCCACUCCUCUCAACAAGUGCUCUAAGAGUCUCCGUCCUCUCUCCUGCACUCAGUAUUGCUGGGAAAGAAAAACCUAACUUUUCCCAGAUGAAGAGAACUCACCUGUUUGUAGUGGGGGUCUACCUGCUGUCCGCCUGCAGGGCAGAAGAAGGGCUGAACUUCCCCACCUAUGACGGCAAGGACCGCGUGGUAAGUCUUACUGAGAAGAACUUCAAGCAGGUUUUGAAGAAAUACGACUUGCUCUGCCUCUACUACCAUGAGCCUGUGUCUUCAGAUAAAGUCACCCAGAAACAGUUCCAGUUGAAAGAGAUUGUGCUUGAGCUUGUGGCCCAGGUCCUGGAACAUAAAGCUAUAGGCUUUGUGAUGGUGGAUGCCAAGAAAGAAGCCAAGCUUGCCAAGAAACUGGGUUUUGAUGAAGAAGGAAGCUUGUAUAUUCUCAAGGGUGAUCGCACAAUUGAGUUUGAUGGCGAGUUUGCAGCUGAUGUCUUGGUGGAGUUUCUCUUGGACCUAAUUGAAGAUCCUGUGGAGAUCAUCAACAGCAAACUGGAAGUCCAAGCCUUUGAACGCAUUGAGGACCAGAUCAAACUCAUUGGGUUUUUCAAGAGUCAGGACUCAGAAUAUUAUAAGGCUUUUGAAGAGGCAGCUGAACACUUCCAGCCUUACAUCAAAUUUUUUGCUACCUUCGACAAAGGGGUUGCAAAGAAAUUGUCCUUGAAGAUGAAUGAGGUUGACUUCUAUGAGCCAUUUAUGGAUGAGCCCGUUGCCAUCCCCAACAAACCCUACACAGAAGAGGAGCUCGUAGAGUUUGUGAAGGAGCACCAAAGACCCACUCUACGUCGCCUGCGCCCAGAAGAUAUGUUUGAAACAUGGGAAGAUGAUUUGAAUGGGAUCCACAUUGUGGCCUUUGCAGAGAGGAGUGACCCAGAUGGCUAUGAGUUCCUGGAGAUCCUGAAACAGGUUGCCCGGGACAAUACCAACAACCCUGACCUGAGCAUCGUAUGGAUCGACCCCGAUGACUUUCCUCUGCUUGUUGCCUAUUGGGAAAAGACUUUCAAGAUUGACCUAUUCAAGCCACAGAUUGGGGUGGUGAACGUGACAGAUGCUGACAGUGUCUGGAUGGACAUUCCAGAUGAUGAUGACCUGCCCACAGCUGAGGAGCUGGAAGAUUGGAUUGAGGAUGUGCUUUCUGGAAAGAUAAACACUGAAGAUGAUGACAAUGAAGAUGAAGAUGAUGAAGAUGAUGAUGAUGACAAUGAUGAUGAUGAUGAUAAUUCUGAUGAAGAAGAUAAUGAUGACAGUGACGAUGAUGAUGAAUAGCCCCAACUCCAAAUGAUUUUGUUGAAAACAAAAUCACAGCUACCCACUACCUUACAGACAGCACAAGGUGGCAGCAGGCAGCCCUGGCCCACGCCCAGCCAGCUCCUUUCCCUUUUCCAACCUCUCUUUUCCUGCUCCCUUCUCAUCAGGAGAUGUGCAAUUCAGCAAAUGCCUUUCUAAAUCCAGCAAUUCCACUCAGCAAAGACAAGUGGGGAAUUAUUCCCAUGUUGACUGUCUUGAUUGUCAUG